AUGAAUCUACCCAGUUGGUACAAACAAAUCCACGGUCUGGAGAAGGAAUUCGUCUGUCCGACUCAUCCAAAAAUAUGUGGUACAAUGGUUCAAGGAACAUUUGCUGAAAACAAGCUGGAUUUUUGGAAGACUAAGCAAUACCUGCAAAAGUAUCAUCUAUUUUGGUCAAUGAUUAUGCAACUUCAUAAUCAAAGAAACCAAACAAUAAAAGAGAACUAUGGACAAGCCAAGAACCUGGUACGGGAGAGAAAUACCCCAUUGGACUCCCUCCUCUCAUCUCAAAAACUUAUGUUGGAUCUACAUGGUUUCACUGUGAAAGGUGCACUAUGUCAACGAUAUCAAAUCAGCUAUGGAGAACACGGUCACACUGAUCACCGGACAUGGAGAUGGGGUCUCCGACGAUCAAGGCUGAAAUUAUGA